GUGGUUUGCUCUGUGUCAUGAUGCUCGAAGAUGCUUUCCUCGACCCAAACUCCAGGCCUAAGAACAAGAAAACCAGAAGAGCUACGAUAUGCUAGAACUCGAGUAGACCAAGGGUGGGAAUGGUUUUGAAGUUGUGUCACUUCGCCAGUGAGUGUGCUCUAAGAGCAAGGAAACGUGAAUAAACAAGUCAAUAGCUGAGGAAAUUGGCUACUCGAGCGCAGGAUAACGAGUAGGCUUCUCUAGGUCCCAAACACGCGUCCGUCUUGGGAUUUAGCAUCUAGUUUGGAACCUGGCGAGAUAGGUUCGAGUGAUCGUGGUCCUUCGAAAAUUAUCUUGACUGUCGUUUAUUUCAUGGUGUGCCUACGUCAUAGUGUUGCUCUUCAAAAAAUUUAAGCUCAACGUUCUAACUUUUGUCGUCAAACAAGACGGCUUUUGAAACAAUUGGCAAAGUUUGGUGCAAGUUCAUGACAUGUUAUCCUUAGCAUGAAUACUGAAUAUCAUUCAAGGGGGACCCUCAAUCUUGUCUCUUAGACCCUGGCAUUCAUAAAAUAAUAAGAAAAAUACACCUUCCAUCAACGCUGGUUAUAACUCCAGCUUCAAUAAUAUCCGGUGGAUGCACUCUAAAUUGCCCUGUUUUCGCGCACCGGGCCUGUAUAUCGAAAGAUGUCUCUCCUGCAGUGUUUGUUCAACCCACAUCCUGCUGCAUAGUAAAUAUCACUUGUCAAGUGUGCCGAGAAGCUCUGAUGUUCCGUUGUGACUCGCUCCAGCUCUCAAAGUGGUGAAGGUGUAUGAAAAGCAAUUGUUAAAAGACACCUGCGUGGAUCAGCCACCUUCACUAGGCCCCCGGGUUUGUAUUGGCGUCAAACGAGGAACCGAUCGAUUUAUCUACACCUAUGUUAGUGUGAGAAGUGGAACAUUCAAAAUGGAGGGCUCCAUGAAAUGCAUCAAGUAUCUCCUCUUCACGUUCAACCUGUUCUUCGUGUUGACCGGGUUGAUUCUGAUCGUGACGGGCGGGGUUAUUCAAAGCAUAUACUCGCAAUAUCUCGACUUUCUGGGCAAUAGCAUCUUCAAUGCUCCCAUUCUAUUGGUGGUCAUGGGCUGCUUCAUCUUCUUUGUCACCUUCUUUGGAUGUUGUGGAGCUAUCAAGGAAAACUAUUGCAUGAUCAUGACCUUCUCUGUUUUGCUGGCUCUCAUUUUCAUGAUCGAACUUGGUUGCGGUAUUGCAGCCUAUGCCAUGAAAAGCGAGGUCCGCUCGACGAUUGAAACACAAAUGGAGAAGGGCCUCAUGAACUAUGGACGCAAGGGAUACACUGGAGUCACAGAAACGUGGAACGUCGUCCAACAUGAGUUGAAGUGUUGUGGCGCUCAAGAGUACCGAGAUUGGGAAAACACGACGUUCUCCCAAGACAAAUCGGUCCCGGAUUCCUGUUGCCUUUCUGACGUUGAAGGAUGUGGAAAUGGAAUCUUAGGAAUGCCCGACCAAGCGCCCAAGAUCAUUUACACCAAGGGAUGCUUGAACAAAUUGGAGGAGGUCGUCUCGGUGAAUAUUGCUACUGUGGGCGGAGUAGGAAUUGGGAUUGCCAUGGCACAGUUUGUGGGCAUCGUUUUUGCUUGUCUCUUGGCCAAGACCAUCAAAAAAGAAUAUGAAAUGGUUUAAGAGAAGGUGUCCCAUAACAGCUUUAAACCAAUCUCAAUGACGAAUUUCUUUGAAGAACCAGGUUGCAAAUCAAACUAUCAAAGAACAAACUAGUAGUUAAGAGCAAAGAGGAACCCUUUGCGCUAUUCUUUUUAUAGUUCAUCGAGUUACUUUGUUCCACUACAAGUACUUAUCAUACAAUAAUCCUAGUUCACCUCCACGCGUGCCUUUUCACUCCCCCAAAUCCGAUAACGAAACCUAAUCAACAAAUUACGAAUACCCCGUUUCCCUUUUCCUUCGCGUUCCAUCCCAUUUCUUCCUCUUUCUGGUGGAACAGUCUCUUUCGACUGAGAACCCCAACCCUGUUGUACUGUAGAGUUCCCAAUCAAACCCAAGACUUGGAAACCCGAACAGACCAAAUGUGGCUUAGCUAUCAUCAAAUAAACAGACGUGAAAUCAAAAAUAUCGAUUGCAUUGCCAAAGAAAGAGAAGCAUAAUCAAAGUCCAUUUUCUAUUGUCUCAAUCAAAAAAGAUUCGCCUCAACGAAUGUCAUCCUUCCCCUUGGAACCCUUCCAGACUUCGGUCAAUUUGGAUAACGCCAACGAAAGGGAGAUCAUUGGAAAUCAAAGUCAAACUUAUAGUCUAUCGAAUUAACCAACAAUUGGCUCAAGAGCUUCUACAUUAAUAGAGAGUUGUAAAUUAUGCGAAUAAACUGAGAGAGAUCGCCCGA